CAAAUAGCAAGACACUUGUAAACAAGCAUUCUUGUUUUGCACAGCUAUUUCAGCAACAAAAGAAGACUGCAAAUCAGAAACAGAGAAAAAAACAAUGUCUGCAAUUUUCAGGCAUAACAAAACAAAGCUCCACAACCAUUUCCCUUUCAAGGCUCCCUUCCACUCGUUCGGCUCUUUCAAGUAUCCUUCCAGCUCCUCUUCCAUCACAGCCCCUCUCAAGCUCCAUUUAUUCUCGACACUCAUUCGCCUGCAGUUCUAUCCUUCGGCCACGAGGGGAGCGCUAGGGAUAUGUGUUAGUCGGAGGUGCAAGUGGGAAGGGAGUUCCGAAAACUAUGACCAGUUAAAAGCGGAGGUUAACUGCCCGCGCUGCUCCAAGUCCAUGUCCCUUCUCUUCUCUAAUCGACCUUUAUCGAUCACCGCAGGCGAGACAGGAAUUUAUCAUGCCCUUAAUUUGUGCCAGCAUUGCCGUACUGCGUUCUAUUUCCGUCCUUCAAAGCUGGAACCCUUGCAGGGGAAUUUCCUUGAGAUUGGGCGGGUUAAGGACGAGGCCGGAGAGAAGGAAAAUAAUGGAAACGCUGCUGUUGGUAUUGAGAGCGGCAAAUCUUCGGGUAAGAUUUGGGAAAAGUUGAGGACUUACAGUGAUAAAAAUAGUCUUAGUAGUAGUGAUGUUGGGGAAAGUAGUAGUAGUGGUUACCGGAGCAGCAGCAGCAGCAGUGACUCUGAGGUGGAGGAGAGUGUGGAAGGGUCUGCCUGUGAGUGGACAGAUUUAAAAUUGGCUAAGACGCUGCCCACCCCGAAAGAGAUACGUAAAGGGCUUGAUGAGUUUGUAGUUGGGCAAGAUAGAGCAAAAAAGGUUCUGUCUGUGGCAGUUUACAACCACUACAAAAGAAUAUAUGAUGCCCCUUCAACCCGCAGGGCAGGUGAAGAAUUGGGUAAAUCUCUGAAUGAACAUGGAAGUUCCGAAACUGAUUUUGUUGAGCUUGAGAAGAGCAACGUUCUAUUGAUAGGUCCAACUGGAUCAGGCAAGACAUUACUUGCAAAGACACUAGCUCGUCUCGUAAACGUGCCUUUCGUCAUUGCGGAUGCAACAACACUAACACAGGCAGGUUAUGUUGGAGAGGAUGUAGAGUCAUUAUUGUUCAAAUUGCUCAUGGAUGCUCUAUCUAAACCUGAGUGGAAGAAAGCUGUUUUGGAGGAGAUGGAGGCUCUUGAAAAGAAUCAGACAUGGAAGCUUGUAGAGUUACCUAAAAAUAAGCCUACAGUUGGUUGCAGGUGGAUUUUCACCCCCAAGUUUAAGGCAGAUGGAAGUUUGGAGAGGUAUAAGGCAAGACUAGUUGCCAAGGGGUACACACAGACCUAUGGGAUUGAUUACAAAGAAACUUUUGCACCAGUUGCAAAGUUGAACACCGUAAGAAUUCUUUUAUCUCUUGCUGCCAAUUUAGACUGGCCAUUACAACAACUGGAUGUAAAGAAUGCCUUUUUAAAUGGGAAACUUGAAGAAGAAGUGUACAUGGAACCCCGUCCUGGGUUUGAAAAUAAGUUUGGGUUAAAGGUUUGCAGAUUAGAGAAGGCUUUAUAUGGACUUAAACAGUCUCCAAGAGCCUGGUUUGACAGAUUCACAAAGUUCAUAAAGAAGCAAGGAUUUAAUCAAGCUCAAGCUGACCAUACUUUAUUCAUGAAGUUUUCAGGUAAGGGGGAGAUUGCAAUCUUAAUUGUCUAUGUAGAUGAUAUUAUCCUCACAGGAAAUUAUCACACAGAGACUAAAAGAUUGAAAGACAAACUUGCUCAUGGCUGCUGACUUUGAUUUAGAAGCAGCUGAGCGUGGAAUAGUAUAUAUUGAUGAGGUUGAUAAGAUAACCAAAAAGGCUGAGAGCUUAAACAGUGGUAGAGAUGUGAGUGGAGAAGGUGUUCAACAAAGUCUGCUUAAAAUGCUAGAAGGAACGAUUGUGAAUGUGCCUGAUAAUAGAGCGGGGAAGCAUUCACGUGGUGACAUUAUUGAGAUAGAUACAAAAAAUAUCCUUUUUAUUUGUGGUGGAGCCUUCAUCGGGCUGGAGAAGGCAAUUUCAGAGAGACGACAAGACUCUUCGAUUGGGUUUGGAGCUCCAGUUCAUAUUAAGAUGGAUCCUGCUGCCCCUACAUAUGUUGUCAUUGGCUCAUCACUGCUGGAAUCUGUAGAAAGUAAUGAUCUCACUGCAUAUGGACUCAUACCAGAAUUUGUUGGACGGUUCCCAAUUUUUGUUAGCUUAUCUGCUCUAGAUGAGAGUCAACUUGUCCAGGUUCUUACGGGGCCUAAAAAUGCUCUCUGCAAACAGUACAAGAGAAUGUUUGAGUUGAAUAAUGUCAAGCUUCAUUUUACUGAUAAUGCGUUGAAAAAGAUUGCAUCAAAAGCGAUAGUAAAAAACACUGGUGCACGUGGUUUAAGAUCCAUCCUAGAAAGUAUCCUGACCGAAGCGAUGUUUGAGGUACCAGAUGCCAAACCAGGAAAUUGUGCUGAUAUGGUCUUGGUUGAUGAAGAGGCAGUUGGAUCAGCUGACACCCCUGUAGCUGGAGCCAAAAUUAUUCGUGGUGAUUCUGGAUUGGAGAGUUUUUCUUCAGCAAUGGAAUCAACUUAUAGAGCAGAAAAGAGCGAACAACAACAGCUAAAGGGAGACAUGAUCCACAUGGAUGGUGGCUAUGAGGUUGCGUCAAGAGCUGCAAGCUUGUAACUUUUAUAUUUAUUUUGUUUUGUUUUAUUCUAUUUUAUUGUAUUUUGGGUAUAUAGAGUGAAGACAUGCAGAGAAAUAGAUACCUACUCAAGUACUCAUGUUUAUUAUUUACACUUGAAAUUAGAAGGGGAGGAGCCACCAAGAGGUCCCGAAAAUGGAAUCUACGUUCAGUUUCUUGAGCCACAUGUGCAUAAGUUGCGAUGAAAUCAAUUCCGGAAAUAGUAUCUAAAAUUUUAUACUUAUGAGAUAAAAAAGACAAUUUUG